UGAAAACGCGAGAUUUUAUCAUACAGAACAGGGUUCAUCACGCUGAUAAGAUUGGCUCCAGUUGUGGUUCGCAGUAUUUGUGGAGCUGACGGAAGGUGAAGUUCACGAUUUCACAACUUUCUGGUGCCUCGGCUCACGGUCAAGUUUUAAUUGUCUCACAAUUUGCUUCCUAGUGGUGUGACAGCGUGAUUUUCCUGUCCCGGAUCCAUAACAAUGUAUUCCACGCAGAAAAUCCAGUCUGGGAAUGUUCGAGUGGUCGAUCUUCGAUCGGACACUUUUACUACUCCCACGCCUGAAAUGUUUCGUGCUAUGGUAGAAGCUGAGAUCGGUGAUGAUGUUUAUGGGGAAGAUCCAACUCUCAUCAAAUUGGAACAGCGUGCUGCUCGUGAGAUGGGUAAAGAAGCUGGCCUCUUUGUAAUCAGUGGUACGAUGGGAAAUCUCUUAGCCAUCAUGGUGCACUGCAAUGGUCGUGGAGAGGAAGUUAUUGUGGGAAAUAUGUCCCAUACAUUCCUCUAUGAACAGGGAGGAGCUGCUCAGCUAGGUGGAGUUCAGUUGGCCACUUUGCCCAAUCUCCCGGAUGGAACUUUCAGCCUUGAUCUCUUCCGUAAAAGUAUCCGGCAUUUUGAUGAUCACGAACCUGUAACAAAGCUUGUAGUCAUCGAGAACACCCACAAUCUCUGUGGGGGUCGUGUCAUUCCUCUUGAGUGGAUUCAACAGGUGAAGGAGAUCUGCAAGGAAAAUAAUAUUCUGAUGCAUAUGGAUGGAGCAAGGGUUUACAAUGCUGCUGCUCAUCUUAAAAUUCCCGUGUCAGAAAUCACCAAAUAUUUUGAUUCUGUGACUUUCUGUCUCAGCAAAGGACUCUCCUGUCCUGUUGGAUCUGUUCUCGUUGGCACUAAGGACUUUAUAGCACGUGCUAGGAGACUCAGAAAAGCCCUAGGUGGAGGAAUUCGUCAAGGUGGAAUUUUAGCGGCAGCUGGAAUUGUUUCUCUUGAUUCUGUUGUUCCCAUUCUCGAGGGAGAUCAUCGCAGAACUAAAAGGAUUGCUGAGGCUAUCGAUAAACUCCGAAGUCCCAACUUCAAAGUGGACCUAGAGAAUGUUCAAACGAACAUUCUAAUGGUGCAGCUGAUUGAUAUCGAUGUUGAGGCGACGGAAUUCGUGAAACGUCUCCAGGAAGUGAGGAACGAGGAAAUUGCUGCAAAUGUGACAGACAAAGAUGGAAGGGGAAUUGUCGUGAAGAUCAGUGCACGGGAUUGGGGAUUCUGUCGUCUUGUCGUCUACAUACAAAUCACUGAUGAAGACACAGAAUUGGCUAUCAAGAAAAUUUCUUUUGUCAUUCGUGAAUUUGAAAAAAAAUAAUAGCAAAUAGAUAAAAUCUGUAAUGGAUAAAACAUAGAUUAAAUAAAGCACUUUAAUUGAUCUA